ACGCCGUGCAACGAAAGGCGACGCUCUGAUAGUCUGUGGCUCUGUUUGAAAGAAAUACGAAAUUGGGCUUGUUGGAAACUGUGGUCAAUUUCACUGAAUUGCAACCGAGUCGGUUGUUGGGGUCGCCCUAAUGAUCUGUGUGCUUCUAGUUGCUGGACAUGGGACACUGCUGGAGAGCGAGAUCAAGAAUGAAGCAACUGGCCUGUACUCCCAUUUGGAGGGAAUCCCAAAGGCUUUGUUACCUGGAGUCGGUGGGAAGAAGAUCCUGGAUUUCUGGUGGGAAGUUGUGAAUAUGCGCCACCUCUUCAGUGAAGUCUACCUUGUCACAAAUGCAGACAAAUACAAGUACUAUGAACGAUGGGCAACUGCCAAUGACUUCCCAACAGAAAACAUUAUUAAUGAUGGUUCAACCACCAGUAAAACACAGUUAGGUGCUGUGGCUGACUUUGAGCUGGUGGCCAGGAGCAAGAAGUUCAGUGAUGAUGUCAUGGUGGUUGCUGGGGAUAUGCUGUGUGAAGACCUAAACUUUGAUAUCGCUGAGGUCCUCAAGUUCUUCAAGUUUAAGAAGGGUGAGCUGGCCAUUUACUAUGAGAUGGAAGAAGGAGAGAAGACUGAAUCUAGGGGAAUAGUUGAGGUGUGUCCCCAUACACACAGAAUCACCAAGUUUUAUGAGAAACCCUCUGCAGGUGCCACAGAAUCGAGACUCGCGAGUGUUGUCUUUUACUGUUUCCAGAGACAGACGCUUCCCACUCUCGGGGAGUAUUUGAAUGACCAUCCACAGGUGAAGGAUCGAGGUCUUGGGAAGUACAUGGAGUGGCUCAUCAACAAGGCAAAUAUCCCAGUGUUUGGAAUGAAGUUGCCUACUGGAUUCCAGCUCAUUGGUCAAGUGGGUCUUUCUGAAUAUAAGAAGUGGUUGGCACACUACUCCUCGAAACAACAUGGUUCUACAGUCAAGCAAAUUACCUGCCGUUCCUACGCAAGGGUAGGAAUUAUGGGAAAUCCAUCAGAUGGCUUCAAUGGAAAGACUAUUGCUAUGACAAUAUCUAACUUCUGGGCUGAUGUGACAAUAUACGAAAGCAAAAAAGUUGUGCUGAUACCCCAUCCUCUCAAUGACCCAACACAGUUUGGUAGCUUGCAAGAUCUGCAUGGGAUCAGUCGAAAGGAAGGCUACUUGGGUGGUUUGAGAUUACUGCAAGCAACCUGUAAAAAGUUCUAUCAAUACUGCUCUGAACAAGGAAUUGCUUUGGCCAAACGGAACUUCACUCUGAAAUAUGACACUAAUAUACCGCGGCAAGUGGGUCUUGCUGGAAGCAGUGCUAUUGUUUCAGCCACACUCAAGUGCUUGAUGAAGUUCUAUGAUUUAAUUGAUGAUGAUUUGCCAAAGCCACUUAGAGCAAACUUUAUUUUAAAUGUGGAGUCUGAAGAACUAAUUAUUACAGCCGGACUUCAGGAUCGAGUAGUCCAGGUUUACGAGGGGCUUGUAUACAUGGAUUUCAGCAAAGAACUCAUGGAGAAGCAGGGCUAUGGAAACUAUGUUAAUAUAGAUGUAAGCUGUUCACCCAACUUCUGGCUUGCUUACAUGGGAGACCCAAGUGAUUCUGGGAAGAUUCACAGUAAUGUGCGACAAAGAUGGCUCAAUGGUGAUUCUGAUGUUGUGGCAGCAAUGAAAACCUUUGCAGAACUCACUGAUCUGGCUAAGAUAGCCAUGGAGUCUAGGAAUUGGCAUGAACUUUGUGAGUUGAUGAACAAAAAUUUUGAACUACGAAGGUCCAUAUACACUGAUGCUUGUUUGGGUGAAGGAAAUCUGAGGAUGGUGCAGCUUGGCAGAAAGUUUGGCUCGGCAGUAAAGCUCCCUGGCAGUGGAGGAGCAGUAAUUGGUCUAUGCUUGAAUCCUGACAAUCUGGUUGAACUAAAGAAGGCUUUCCAAGAAGCUGGGUUUGUGAUCUGCGAUGUUGUUCCUUAUGUUCCUUGAGUUUUAUUCAAUAAAUUUCAGAAGAUAUUUUCUAAUGGGAAAUAGUUUUUUUUAAAAACCUGCAAUAAUCAGCUUGGAUCACAGAAUUGAAUUACAAAUUAAAUAUUUUUAGUAUUCUAUUAAAUAUUUGUAUUCUCAUUCACUCUGUAUUCCUAGUUGCCUGUGCUUUGUGUGGAGUAUUGUUCAGAUAACAAAGAUGAUGCAAACCUGUACCACAGCAAAAGGAUUAUUGAAAUUGAUUACUUAAUGUAUACAAUUUCUCAAUUUCAUAAGUCUGAUUUUUAUCCAGUAUAAAUUUUGGAUAAUCUCUACCAGUCUCAAAUUUUAAAUAGACCAUGAGAUUAUAGUUAAUAUUGUUGCCAUAAAACCAAGUUUCAAAGCUGUAAUCUAAAUGUGUUUUUAAAAAAAUAUAUAUUUUUAUAAAUGAUAAUUGAACCCAGAGAUUGGAAAGUUUCAUACAGAAAUUUCUUGUAUUCUGACAACUUCUUGACACCCUGUACCCUCAAUACAGGAAAGAUGAUAAUGGUUCCAUCUCUUGACCUUCAAUUAAGCUGCCACUUAAAAAUUACUUUGAAGCUGGUUGUUGCUACUGUCUGCAGUAAGCUUCAGGUAGUCCUGCUGCCGCAUAACUCCAGCUUUUGACUUUAGGUACUGUCUGUGCGUUGUUUGCACUUUCCCCCACACCAUGCAGAUUUCUCCCAGAUGCUCUGGUUUCCCCAAAACAUGUUGGUUGGUAGGUUAAUUGGCCAUUGUAAGUUACCACCCAGUGUAGAUGAGUGAUAAGAGAAUCAAAGGGAAGUUAAUAGACAUGUAAGAGAGAAUAGGUUACAGAGAAAUAAGUGGGGGAGAUGUCAUUGAUGGGAUUGCUCUGAGAAUUGGUAUAGAUGCAUUCAAUUUUAACUUGAUGUACAUGAUUUUAUAGUGGCCCUGUUCACUUUCUGGUUUUAUUAAUAACAUGGUUAUUUUUGUUUGGUAUUCAGAUGCAAAUAUUAAGACUAGUUGCAUUUAAUCAUCUUUUAAAAUUUAUUACCUGUCUUAAAUAUGAUAGUUUAU